ACCUUUUCCCCAUCACUCCAUCUCCCUCUAUCAAUAGCUGCGCACCAUCAGCAGCAAUUGAUACAUUAGCAAUCAUGGCGCCAAACAAGCGAUCUGGAAAGGGUAAAGCCCCUGCAUCGAGCAAGCUAUCACCGCCAGCCCCUUUCAAGGAAGUCCCGGAUAUCUACCUCGACUUUGUUGAAGAUCUCGAGAAAGAGCAUGUCUAUAUCACCCACAUCGAUUCCAAGCCUGCCGAUUUCAAGCGCAAGAUCUUCAUGGUGCCAGUAGCAAUGAAUAUUGCUGUCGUAUGCGCCUUUGUUUGGCGCAUGUGGCAUAUCCUCCCAUACUACGGACAGCUUGCCUUGACAUUUCUUGGCCACGUCAACGAAACAUCUUUCCCUUUUGCGGAUUCCACCUGGAGCGAAUUCUGGUGGGAAGUCGGAACACGAGGCAUUACCAUGUUCAUCGACUUUGUACUCUUCGUCUUCGUCUGGCCCUGGCCCGUAGAGUUUGUGGCCGCUCAGGCGCACGGGAACCCUACUGUCUGGCGCUGGAACGUGGGAUUCCGCGACAAGGAGAUUUAUGUGCGUCGCAGCCGUGACUGGGAUAAGGUCAUGGGCGACAUCUUUAAGGAUGCGGACUCUAAGAAGAUCUUUGUUGCCUAUGUGCAGCAAGCAACUGCACCUAUGCUCCAGGAACAAAAGACUGGUUACCUAUUGAUGAGCAGCCAAUGGGAUUUGGAUUGGGACUCUAUGAUCUUGGCCCACGUAAUGGUGGAUAAGAAGGAGCUGGCUCUUGAUGCCUUCAAAAACGUCGUACUCAAAUAUCACGAUGAGUACGGGUGGAUGACAUACGACCUGAAGCAGAACGUGGCAGCAAGUGAAGAAGAGAAGCGGCGCCAAGUCUUUGCCUUUCGCGAUGCGCUGGUCGCCAUGGGCAAGGAGGACUUGUUCUACCGCUGGAUCGAGGUUGUUCAGUACGAGGCUUCCCAACCUGGAGGUUUCGGACCAGAGCAACAGACAAAGGCGGCUGAGAAGAUUCGGGAGCUAUUUGAGAAGCAGAAUGUCAACUUUGAUGAACUGUGGAAGGAGACUGUUGGCACAGAUGGAAUCAGCUCGCUGUAGGAGCAUCAGGGUAACUGGGUAUCCAAAAAGUCUUGUUUUUCUAGAAGGGUAAAGGACGGCGUUGUUUAAUUGGGGUAUUUCAAGGUUUCUAUGGCCUAAUGAUAUCUACUUUUCAAAAAUUGACCAUCAGAGUGCUCGUUUCGAUGUUUUAAUUGUGAAUGAGAAGUGGCACGUGAGGAGGCAACGCCGUAUCAAACAUGAAACGAGGCUGGCGACACGGUGCUGACUGGAGGUUGCCAGUAAGGAGAAAUCAAGCGGGAAUUACAAGAAAA